GUCCACCAGGCCCAGAAGGUCCACGAGGGCCACCCGGCAGCGGAGGACUUAAAGGGGAAAAAGGGAAUCCAGGUCCACCUGGCCCACCUGGCCUGACUGGUCAGAAGGGAGAUCAAGGACUGCCUGGACGCCAGGGGGAUCCUGGUCGUCCAGGUCUGAAUGGAAUGAAGGGCGAUCCCGGGGUUCCAGGAGUUCCAGGAUUCCCAGGUAUGAAGGGGCCCACCGGACCCGCAGGACCCGCCGGCCUCACAGGCAGUCAAGGCCUGCCAGGCCCACCAGGUCCACCAGGUUUGCCAGGUACCAUCGGACGAAGCAUCGUUGUCAAAGGAGACCCUGGUCCCCCGGGUCCUCCGGGACACCCUGGGUCGAAGGGGCCACCUGGGUUGCCAGGGCCACAGGGAUUGCCAGGUCCCAUUGGUCUUCCUGGCGACCCGGGGCGAGACGGACUACCUGGUUUUGAUGGUCCAGCAGGACGUAAAGGAGAGCGAGGUCUUCCAGGCCAACCAGGUUCACGAGGAAUACAGGGACCUCCUGGUCCUGAUGGUUUACAAGGCCCACCUGGUCCUCCUGGAACAGCUUCUGUUGCUCACGGAUUCCUUAUAACUCGGCACAGCCAGACCAGGGAUACGCCUCUGUGUCCACAAGGAACGUCAAGAAUAUACGAUGGAUUUUCUCUUCUGUAUGUGCAGGGGAAUGAGAGAGCACAUGGCCAGGACUUGGGUACUGCUGGGAGCUGUCUUAGACGGUUCAGCGCCAUGCCCUUCAUGUUCUGCAACAUCAACAAUGUUUGUAAUUUUGCAUCAAGGAAUGACUAUUCCUACUGGCUAUCAACUCCGGAGCCAAUGCCGAUGAGCAUGGAGCCUCUGACCGGGCAAAGCAUCCAGCCGUUCAUUAGCCGAUGUGUUGUGUGUGAAGCUCCUGCUAUGGUGAUAGCUGUUCACAGCCAGACCAUUCAGAUUCCUUCGUGUCCUCCCGGCUGGGACUCCCUUUGGAUCGGUUACUCUUUCAUGAUGCACACCAGUGCAGGAGCAGAGGGCUCUGGGCAGGCCUUGGCAUCACCUGGAUCCUGUUUAGAAGAAUUCCGCUCGGCUCCAUUUAUUGAAUGCCACGGUCGUGGCACCUGCAAUUACUAUGCCAACUCGUAUAGUUUCUGGCUGGCAACUGUCGAGGUGUCAGAAAUGUUCAGUAAACCUCAGUCAGAGACACUGAAAGCCGGAGACUUGAGGACGCGUAUUAGUCGUUGCCAAGUUUGCAUGAAGAAAACGUAACGUCUCGGAGAACGUUUUAUAAAACAGCUGAAAAUUCCUAAGAUGCACUGUCUUCCAGCUGCAACAAUGGUGCUACUGUGCGGAAAGGAGAAACAAAUCCAAACUGUUCUAACCAUGCAAAUUCCAGUGUACCUCACUCACGUGCCAAACUGAGGGUCGUCCGGUACGUCGCUGACGAGCACUACGAUGAAAGCAUUGACCUCUUGGGAACAGACAACGCUCCGGCUUCGCAGAGGAUCGGAGGAUGCAACUUUCAUUUCUCUCCCUGUUACCAAAAUGGCACCUUUUUGAUCAGCCAAGAGAAUAAAGAAAAACACGACGCACUGAGUAUGUUUAAAAUAACAAGACUGCAGUUUUGAAAAACAUUUUUCAUGGUGCUACUAACCCUACUGUAUCCCAGGUUUUUAAUAUGAAAUUUUAAGCUUAUUUCUCUUUGUAAGUAAUGAAAUGUGUAUAUUGUGUAAACACCUUUUUAGUUGAAACUUUUAGUCAUUUAGAAACCAACCAGACUGAUAGAAAAAUGCUUCUGUCUGAAAUUAAACCAUACGACAGUAUUUUAUUAUGAAACUUGUGCUACAGAGAGA